AUGAAUUCUCUUUCCAUGCUUUCUCCUUCAAAUAUGAUGGCGUUCCUUCAGAACCGGUCCAUAUCGCUGGUGGAUAUGUACAUCGACAACUCUGAACCAUCGGAGAACGUCGGCCAGAUCCACUUCUCCUUGGAAUACGACUUCCAGAACACUACUUUGAUAUUAAGAAUCAUCCAGGGCAAAGAACUCCCCGCCAAGGAUCUCAGCGGUACUUCGGAUCCCUAUGUCCGCGUCACCCUGCUGCCCGACAAGAAACAUCGUCUAGAGACGAAGAUCAAGAGACGCACCCUCAACCCACGGUGGAACGAAACCUUCUACUUCGAGGGUUUCCCUAUUCAGAAGUUACAGAGUCGGGUCCUCCACCUCCACGUGUUCGACUACGAUCGGUUCUCAAGAGAUGAUUCCAUUGGAGAGGUGUUCCUGCCGCUGUGUCAGGUGGACUUAAGCGAGAAACCGUCAUUCUGGAAGGCUCUGAAGCCGCCAGCGAAGGAUAAGUGCGGAGAGCUUCUGACGUCAUUAUGCUACCACCCAAGCAACAGUGUGCUGACCCUCGCGCUGUUAAAGGCCAGGAACCUUAAGGCGAAGGAUAUCAAUGGGAAAUCAGAUCCCUACGUGAAAGUCUGGCUACAGUUCGGCGACAAACGCAUAGAGAAGCGCAAGACAGCCAUCUUCAAGUGCACCCUGAACCCUGUGUUCAACGACUCCUUCUCCUUCAACGUGCCGUGGGAGAAAAUUAGAGAGUGCUCUCUGGACGUACAAGUCAUGGACUUCGACAAUAUUGGCAGGAAUGAGCUGAUUGGCAGAAUAUUGCUAGCUGGUAAAAACGGUUCAGGGGCGACUGAAACAAAACACUGGCAGGAUAUGAUCACGAAGCCCCGGCAGACCAUCGUGCAAUGGCAUCGCCUGAAGCCAGAGUAA